AUGAAGUUGACUUACAUCAUCGCGGCGACCUUUGCUUGCGCGCCAGCACUUGCUGUGCCCGCUGGUUUCGUUACCACUGACGGCACCAAGUUCUCUCUUGACGGCAAAGACUUUUUCUUUGCCGGUAGUAACGCAUACUACCUCCCGUUCAACGUCUGGGGAACAGACCACUACAAGGAUGUCAAGGUCGGCUUGGAGGCUGCAAAAGAUGCUGGUCUCAAGGUCAUCCGUACCUGGGCUUUCCACGACCAGAACAAGACAUAUGUGGCUGGUGGUCUUCCUCAGUACGGUACAGGGGCUGAAAACACUGCUAUGCAAGUGUUCAAUCCAGACGGCACUGUCAAGAUUGAUCUGAGCAAGCUUGAUGUUGUCGUUGAGGCCGCUGAAGCAACCAACAUGAAGUUGAUUUUGGCCCUGACUAACAAUUGGGCUGAUUACGGUGGCAUGGAUGUUUACACCGUCAAUCUCGGUGGCCGCUACCAUGAUGAUUUCUACCGUCUACCUGCUAUCAAGAAGGCCUUCAAAAAUUACAUCAAGAACGUCGUCGACAGAUACAAGGACUCUUCUGCGGUUCUCGCCUGGGAAAUUGCCAAUGAACCCCGUUGCGGCGCCGACGGUACCCGUAACCUUCCCCGGGGCCCGGAUUGCAGCCCUGCGCUGAUCACAUCAUGGGUCAAUGAAAUGAGCACCUACAUCAAGUCCAUCGACGCUGACCAUCUUGUCACCACUGGAAGUGAAGGUGGCUUCAACCGCAAGUCUGACGACUGGACUUACAACGGUGCCGAUGGAACAGACUUCGAAGCUGAACUUGCGCUUCCCAACAUUGACUUUAAUACAUUCCACUCGUAUCCUCAGUACUGGAGCAAGACAUCCGACUGGGUGGUUCAGUGGAUCAAAGAUCAUGCAGCAGCUGGCGCAGCAGCUAAGAAGCCAGUUCUGCACGAGGAGUAUGGCUGGACUGAAAAGGCCACGCGCGUGAGUACCUUGAGCAAGUGGCAGAAAGCCUCGCUGGAUCUAGAGGUGAGCGAUAUGUACUGGCAAUUUGGCUUUUCUGGAUACUCGUACGGAAAGAACCACGAUGACGGAAAUACUAUCUACCUGGAGGAUGAUGAGGCUCAGCCUCUAGUAUACCAACACGCCGCUGCUGUUAACGGCGGAGAUGCGCCGCCGAAGCCUACCAGCACGAGCACAACUCCCCCCAAGCCUACUGAUACUUCGGGUCCACGUGUGGCCAGAUAUGGACAGUGCGGUGGUGCGUCAUGGACUGGAGCGACUCUUUGUGAGUCUCCUUAUACUUGCAAGGCGCAGAAUCAGUGGUACUCGCAGUGUCUGUAG